UUAAGGUUAUGUCAUGUCAUAUCGAUAGAAGAUAUUUUUAAAAACCUAAUUUAAGUUUAGUUGUAAUGCUUUUUAAAUAUACAUGUACAUUUUAAACUACUUAAGUUUGUAUGAUGACGUUAACUUAUUUUAAAAUAUUCUAAUAGCGACAGUAUCCAAAUCAACGCGGCAAUAGUAUUUAAAUAUGUAUAAAACUGUUGCAGGAUGUUCUGUUCUUAUUAUUAUUGUAGGAAUAUUUUUACCAGAUCAGACCAGUAAUGUUAUUGGAACUCUUCUUGGGUCCCUUUUGUUUUAUAACACAAAAUUUACCGAAAAUUCAGGAGUUCCAUUAUUUACAAAGGAUGAGUUGAAGUCUUACAAUGGAGUAGACAAACCACAACUUUACUUAGCUCUCUUAGGGAAAGUUUUUGAUGUGUCUCGAGGACAUAAACACUAUGGUCCCAAUCAGCAGUAUAAUGUAUUUGUUGGUUGUGAUGCAUCAAGGAGUUUCGUAACUGGCAAAUUCGACAAAGAGGAUCUCAGUGAUGAUGUUGCAGAUCUAAGUAAAGAGGAGUUGAGGUCCCUUGACCACUGGGUUAAAUUUUACAAGAGUUCUUAUGAACAAGUAGGUAAAGUUAUUGGAAGGUAUUAUAAAGAAGAUGGUAAGCUUACUCCUUAUGGAAGUCAAGUUAAGAAACUGAUAAGAGCUGCAGAGCUGGACAAAGAAAAUGAAAUGGAAGACAUGAAAAAGUUUCCACCUUGCAACAUUGAGUGGAAUAAAGAAACGGGCACGAAAUUGUGGUGUUCUAAUAAAAGUGGAGGAAUUUCGAGAGAUUGGGUUGGCCUGCCUAGACAGUAUUAUGAGGUGAAUUCAAAAAAAUACAGAUGUGCUUGUAUUAAAGAAGAUAAGGUGGAUUCUAUUGGAAACAUAAAGGAGUAUGAAGGUUGUGAUACAAGGUCUAAUGUUUGUUUUGUUAAAACGUAAUUUGUUUCAAAAAACGAUUUUAUAUAAAAUAUGGAAUUUAUUGCGAAUCUCGAAUUAAAUUUUUAUAUUUUAA